GGCGGAUAUAAAGAUGCUCCGAAGGCUUUCGUUUCUCGUGCCUUCUCGGUUGCUAGGAGGGGGCCUGGCUCCAGCUUCUCAGUACUGAAUCAGGAGAUGUCCACUAUGACCCAAAAGUAUUUCCUGGAAGGUCAGACAUACUCUGUUCCCCUCAUCCAGCCUGACCUCCGCAGGGAAGAAGCUAUUCAUCAGAUAGCGGACACCCUUCAAAAUCUGCAAAAAAUCUCAGGUGACAUCUUCAACAGGAUCUCCCAACAAGUGGAAACCAGCCGGGCACAGCUGAGAGCAAUCAAUGAGCGGGUCACCCUUGCCCAAGCCAAAAUUGAGAAGAUAAAGGGCAGCAAGAAGGCUAUCAAGGUGUUUUCCAGCUCCAAGUACCCUGCCCCAGAACGGCUGCAGGAAUAUUCUUCCAUCUUCACCGGUGCUCAGGAUUCAGAGGCGCAGAAACAACCGAGGCACAAGAUUCAGAGCAAGCACAGACCCUUGGAUGAGAAGUCCUUACAGGAGAAGUUGAAGUACUUCCCGGUUUCAGUUACCGCCAGAGUCCAUCAUGAAGAUGAUGCAGAAGAAGGCCUGGGCAGUCUUCCCAGAAACAUUAGCUCCCUCAGCUCCCUGUUGCUCUUCAACACCACCGAGAACCUGUAUAAGAAAUACGUCUUUCUCGAUCCUUUGGCCGGUGCAGUAACUAAGACCCAUGUGGCUCUGGAGACAGAGAGAGAAGAAAAGCUUUUUGACGCUCCCCUCUCUAUCACCAAGAGGGGGCAAAUCGAUCAGCUGGUGGCUGAAAAUUACUUCUAUGUACCAGACCUGGGGCAGGUACCCGAGAUAGACGUGCCAUCCUAUCUGCCGGACUUGCCUGGCAUUGCCGCAGACCUCAUGUAUAGUGCUGACCUUGGCCCUGGCAUCGCACCUUCUGCUCCUGCGGUUGCUAUACCUGAGCUGCCCACCUUCAACACAGAACCCACAGAAGUCUUCCGACAAGAUCUUCAAGAGGGGGGACCUCCACCUCCUCCCCCUCCGCCUCCCCCUCCUCCACCUGAAAUUCCUGUUCAUAUCCCGCCUCCCCCUCCUCUUCCACAAGCGGCUCCCCCUUCUCAAUCUCAAACAAGGGAAGACAGAAGCAAUGCCACGCCAUCUGCUGCUUUUCAAGGAGCACCAAAGGAAGUUGUGAACCCGUCAAAUGGCCGGGCCACGCUUUUGGAAUCCAUCCGCCAAGCUGGUGGCAUUGGAAAAGCCAAUCUCCGUAGCGUCAAAGAGAGGAAACUAGAAAAGAAAAAGCAGAAGGAGAAAGUGCAAGUGGGAGCUACUGAGCAAGGCGGAGAUCUGAUGUCAGAUCUUUUUAACAAACUGGUCCUCCGGCGCAAAGGCAUUUCGGGCAAAGGACCAGCCGCUGGUGGAGACAGCAACGCACCCAAUGUGCCAGCAGGUGCCUUUGGCCGCAUCUCCGACACCAUUCCGCCCCUGCCACCUCCACAACAGCCAGCUGGGGAAGAGGACGAAGACGACUGGGCUUCCUAGAUGGCACUUCAGAAGGCAACAUAAGGAGGCUUAACAGAGGGCCCUCUUGCUGUUUGACACGUCCAUCGUUUUUAAGAAUACUCACUACAAUGGAUAUUGCCACUUUGCCAUCCAAUCCUGAACACCAACAUGAAUAUAAUUACGCACACAGAAGAAUCUGCCGCCGUGCAAUUUGUCCUCAAGGACGAGAGCUAGUUUCCAUCUUAGAAAAAGCCUCCGUGACCGAAACAUGGCAUGUGAAAACAUUUGGCAUCUGCAGCAAGACUCUGCUUGCUGGGAGCUGGGAGGCUUCAGAGGCUACCCAGCCACUGCUGAGAACAGUUUCUGUUUUCUUUCAAUGCUCAUAUCCUUUUUAGCUCUCUAAAGAAGGGCUUAUGCCUGUUCGGUGCAAUUAUUAUAUAUAUAAAUAUGCAUUUUACUCUACUACUUGCUUUGAAUGUCCUAAACGAAAACCUGAAAGAAGCCUGUUUUUGCAUCCAAGUGCAAUAAAAACACAUUUCGGGGGACAAAACUGGAA